CGAACGAUGACGGAGUCCACCCCCUCAGAAAUCCAAAUCAAUGUGAAGGGUCCUAGCGAGCUCAAGCUCCAGAUCACCAUCAGCACCGACAAAACCGUCCGGGAGCUCAAGCAAGCAAUUGCAGACCAGUCAGCGGUGGAGGCAGAUCGUCAGCGACUUAUAUACUCUGGCCGUGUACUGAAGGAUGACGAUCAACUCGCUGUAUACAAGAUUCAAUCCUCACACACUAUUCACAUGGUCAAGGGUGUGGCGCGUAACGCCGGAUCAUCUUCAACAGGGCCGUCUGCGGCACCACAACCGUUGCCCUCCAUGCAAACUGGCCAGAACCCACACGACCCUCUCACUCAGCUCAAUAGCCACCUAGGCUACGGCGCCAUGGCUGGCCUCAAUCCAUUUGCUGACAUGGGUUUGAACCCAAACGAUCCCAACAUGUUGCAAACAAUGAUGAGUUCUCCCGAAUUCAUGCAGCAAAUGUCGAGCGUCAUGUCGAACCCAGCUGUCGUCGAUCAAAUCAUUGCUUCAAACCCUCAGCUGGCAUCUAUGGGCCCUCAAGUCAGGGAAGUCCUGCAAAGCGAUCGCUUCCGGGAGAUAAUGUCGAACCCAGAGAUGUUGCGUAGCAUGCUUCAAAUGACGUCUAUGAUGCGCGACGCUGGACUCGCUCCUCCAGAUAUGUUCGGUGGUGCUCCAGGCGGCGGGUUUCCCGCGCCCGGGAACCCAAACGCUGCCGGCACACCCUCCGGCGCCGGCGCCGGGUCUGCUCCUGGGGCAGCUGCGAGCCCAUUUGGGGUGCCACCGAAUCCGUUCGGAGGCGGUGACCCAGCUGCAUUGCUUCGGAUGUUGGGUGGCGCUGGAGCCCCUGGAGCCGCAGGGGCCGGCGGCUUCAAUCCCUUCUUUGGUGGUGCUCCUGCGGCACCUGCCGACACACGCAGCCCAGAAGAGCGAUUCCAAGUUCAGCUGCAGCAACUCCAAGACAUGGGCUUCUCAAAUGCGAGUCAGAAUGUGCGUGCACUCUUGGCCACAGGAGGAAACGUGCACUCCGCAAUAGAGUAUAUUCUUGGCGGCGGAGGGUUGUAAAUAGAAACUUAUACAAUCAGUGGGUGGACCGCCGUGGAUUUGAUAUCUUGUAGCACCGUAUCGCGCUUACUUUGUAUGUAUGCUACGUCGUGUUUUUUAGCAGUAUGUGCUCCCGUCCUGGUUUCGUGGGCUAAUUGCUCACUUCGGGAUCGAUCGUUUCGGUGCU